AGCUGGUCGGGAUAUUCGGUAACGCGCCGUACGGGUUUCACGCCAUGGCGAUGUAUCGGAGCGUGUUCUACGCCAGUAAACGCGGGCUCGAAGGUCCGCGGAGCACUGGCGGAAACGGAGGCGGGGAACUGGACGCGGCGGAAGGGGAGAUCGCGCGCGGAGAAGCCGGGGAUGCGGAAAGCCCGUCCGCGGCUCGGCGGUCGGCGAUUGGGAUCCGGAAAAUGCGGAGACAGCUGACGUCGACAGUGUGGAACUGGGCGUCGUCGAUGGAGGCGAUGCUGUGGCAGGGUCUGCCACAUGGCGGCGUGCAAGUGGUCUACGACAUCCGCUACGGCCCUCGUCUGCGCAACAC